AUGUACCGCCUUCUGCUUCUCGUAUUUUUGGGACUUCGAUGCCAAAUCGAAGCAUUCAAUAUAUCGCCACAGCCGAUCAAAACAUUUUUAUAUCCGAACUCAAGCAAAACAGAACAUGGUCGUAGCUCCUACUUUGGAUACUCGCUCGUCAUUCGAGAGAAAAGUAUAAUAGUGGCAGCUCCUCGUGCGAAUUCCACCUUGCCCGAUCAGAGCAAAGUCAUCGAGCCUGGUGCGAUCUUCAGAUGCCUUUUCAACGACGGUAGCUGCACUUCGUAUGACGUAGAUACCAAGGGCAACCAUUAUGAAAAGGCAAGUACGGAUGUCCUCCGGGCCAAGGGCAAGGACUUUCAGUGGAUGGGCGGAUCGAUGGAUGGUGGCACUCUGGAUUCGGAUAGGUUCCUUGUAUGUGCCCCGCGAUUCUACAGUGCACAAGAGGUGACACAUGAUGGAUGGAAGUAUGAUUCCAAUACCACAACCGCAGCUAAUAUCUCCAUGAUUGGAAUCUGCUACUGGCUGAAGAACACAACUGAGGAGGAGCCGGAUGUCACGGAUAUCUGUCCAUUCGCCUUAAGAAAUAAACAAACUGAGACAAUUGGCGAAAACUCAAAGCCCUUUUAUCAAAUGGGGCAACUCGGACUCAGUGCACAUGUGUCGAAAGCCUCGACACUCGUAAUGGGAGCACCAGGAAUCGAUAUGUUUAGGGGAUCGGUGUAUCUAAAUCCAGAAAACCAGGUACCAGGUGGAGGUCGGAUGGUGCGUGACACGAGUAGAGCACAUCACCGCUAUAGACGGCACGUAUCGCAGCCAAACUGGAACCAAGAGGAGGACUCGUACUUUGGCUACUCCGUUAGCUCCGGCUACUUCGACAGCUCCAACCCCAAUAAACUGCUCUACGUGGCCACCGCUCCUCACGCCAACACUAAAUCCGGCGAGGCCUACAUCUUUGAAUAUCAAAAUGAAGGGAGGACCAUGCAAAACCACACCAAGUUCCAUGGCAUGCAGUUUGGCGAAUACUUCGGCUACUCUGUUUUGGUAGAGGAUCUUAAUGGAGACAGAAAGCCCGACCUUAUUAUAUCAGCGCCCCAGCACGCUCUGGAGGAUUCCUACGACAACGGGGCCAUCUAUGUUUUUACCAACAAGGGCUCUUUUCAUUUUGACCUCACGAUUAUUCAUUCGCCAGUGGGCAAUAAGGGUCGGUUUGGAACUACUCUAUCACAAUUAGGCGAUAUCAAUCAAGAUGGUUACAACGGUGGGUUAUUAACACACCUAUAUUAA